AUGAGAACAUUCUUUUCAGUUUCACUCUGUUCCAGUCAAAGCAUAUUCUGACACUCUAGUUUUAUAUUAGCUUUUUAAAAAAGCAAACAGCAUCCUGAAAUGGAUUUGAGGGAUUGCAGUUUACUUAAUCUUUUUGUUUUGAAGCAUGUUCUUUUAUUAGAGUAAAUUCUUGGUUAUGCCAGUUGUUUGAACUUAUGGAUUUUGGAGUCUCUGAUAUGAACAGCUAAAUUAAUAGGAUUUUUCUUAACAUCAGUGGGAAAUAACAUUCCCCCUCUGUACAUUUAAAAAAAAAAAUUUGUAUUGCAGUAGCAGUACAACAUUGCUGGCAGUACUGCCGGCAAUGUUGUACGGCAGCGAAACAUGGAUGCUGACGAAGACAGAGGAGCAGCAACUCUCUGUCAUGGAGAGGGUGAUGGAAAGAAUUAUUCUGGGAAUUUCAGUCCGUGACCGAGUUCCCAAUGAAGUGAUCAGACAGCAGAGUGGAGUGCAGGACAUUACUGAGAGCAGGCAUAGUAAAAUGCGAUGGGCCGGACAUAUAGCAAGGCUCACUGACAACUGAUGGACUGCAGCUGUUGCCGAGUGGUACCCACAGGAACUGAAACAACCACUCGGCCAACCUCCUAGGAGAUGGAAAGAUUUUAUUGUGAAAAGACAUGGCCGCACAUGGAGAAGGAAGGCCAGGGUACGAGAAGAAUGGAAGACUUAGUGUGAUCGGCGCAAUCUAUACGAGGGCUGAAGAACCGAUUGAUCAAGGAUGUGAAACAUGUUGCGGACUCAUAAAAUGAGUGGCUGAAAGGGAAAGGAAAAUAGUGCCAUUAUUUACUAGAAUAACAACAUGGGAAAUACAACCACCAAAUUCCGCAAAGCGCUUAUAAAUGGAGACGAAAAUCUGGCCUGCCAAAUAUAUGAGAGCAACCCUCAACUAAAAGAAUCUCUCGAUCCAAAUACUUCUUAUGGGGAACUCUAUCAGCACAAUACUCCAUUACAUUAUGCUGCUAGGCAUGGAAUGAACCGAAUACUAGGGACUUUUCUUUUUGUUAGAGAUGGAAACCCAAAUAAACGAAAUGUGCACAAUGAGACAUCUAUGCACUUGCUGUGUAUGGGACCUCAAAUUAUGAUAGCUGAGGGAGCUCUCCAUCCUCGCUUGGCACGACCCUCUGAAGAUGAUAUCAGAAGAGCAGAUUGUCUGCAAAUGAUCCUAAAAUGGAAAGGAGCAAAGCUUGACCAAGGAGAAUAUGAACGAGCAGCUAUUGAUGCUGUUGAUAACAAAAAAAAUACACCUUUGCACUACGCUGCUGCCUCAGGGAUGAAAACCUGUGUAGAGCUUCUGGUAAAACAUGGUGGAGACUUGUUUGCAGAAAAUGAAAAUAAAGAUACUCCCUGUGACUGUGCUGAGAAGCAACACCAUAAAGACUUGGCCCUCAACCUGGAAUCUCAAAUGGUAUUCUCACGGGAUCCUGAAGCUGAAAGCAUUGAAGCUGAAUAUGCUGCUUUAGACAAAAGACAGCCAUAUGAGGGACUAAGACUUCAGGAUUUGCGAAGGCUAAAGGAUAUGCUGAUAGUGGAAUCUGCGGACAUGCUUCAGGCCCCACUGUUUACUGCAGAAGCUCUUCUUCGGGCACAUGACUGGGACAGGGAGAAAUUACUUGAAGCAUGGAUGUCUAAUCCAGAGAACUGCUGCCAACGUUCAGGUGUUCAAAUGCCAACGCCACCUCCAAGUGGGUAUAAUGCCUGGGACACACUCCCUUCUCCACGAACUCCCCGCACCACUCGCUCUUCUGUGACCUCCCCUGAUGAAAUCAGUCUGUCACCGGGAGACAUUGAGACAAUUCUGUGUGACAUUUGUAUGUGUAAUAUUUCUGUAUUUGAAGACCCAGUGGAUAUGCCCUGUGGACAUGAGUUUUGCAGAUCAUGCUGGGAGGCGUUUUUGAAUCUGAAAAUUCAGGAGGGUGAGGCUCACAACAUUUUUUGCCCAGCAUAUGAUUGCUUCCAGCUUGUUCCUGUAGAGAUCAUAGAAAGCGUGGUUUCCAGGGAGAUGGACAAAAGAUACCUACUGUUUGACAUUAAGGCCUUUGUUGAAAAUAAUCCUGCUAUUAAAUGGUGUCCUAUACGAGCCUGUGAAAGAGCAGUCAGGCUAACAAGACAAGGGUCAAAUACAACAGGUUCAGACACACUUAACUUCCCAUUGCUAAGAGCCCCUGCUGUGGAUUGUGGAAAAGGGCAUCUCUUCUGCUGGGAAUGUCUUGGUGAAGCGCAUGAACCUUGUGACUGCCAAACAUGGAAGAACUGGCUGCAGAAGAUAUCAGAAAUGAAACCAGAAGAACUUGUGGGAGUUAGUGAGGCUUAUGAAGAUGCUGCCAACUGCCUAUGGUUACUAACUAACUCCAAACCGUGCGCCAACUGCAAAUCUCCAAUUCAGAAGAAUGAGGGCUGCAACCACAUGCAGUGUGCAAAGUGCAAAUAUGACUUUUGCUGGAUUUGCCUAGAAGAAUGGAAGAAGCACAGCUCUUCUACUGGAGGCUAUUACAGGUGCACUCGCUAUGAAAUCAUUCAGCAUGUAGAGGAACAGUCCAAGGAAAUGACAGUGGAGGCUGAAAAGAAACACAGACGAUUUCAAGAGCUUGAUAGGUUUAUGCACUAUUACACGAGGUUUAAGAACCAUGAGCUCAGCUAUCAGUUAGAACAGCGCCUUCUAAAAACUGCCAAAGAAAAGAUGGAGCAGUUGAGUAGAGCUCUCAGCGGAACUGAAGGAGGCUGUCCUGAUACCACUUUCAUUGAAGAUGCAGUACAAGAGCUCCUAAAAACUCGCCGCAUUCUCAAGUGUUCUUAUCCAUAUGGAUUCUUUUUGGAACCUAAAAGCACAAAGAAAGAAAUAUUUGAACUUAUGCAGACAGACUUAGAAAUGGUCACUGAAGACCUUGCUCAGAAAGUAAACAGGCCUUAUCUUCGUACGCCUCGUCAUAAAAUAAUCCGUGCAGCAUGUCUUGUGCAGCAGAAGAGGCAAGAGUUUUUGGCCUCUGUGGCCCGAGGAGUUGCCCCUGCAGACUCACCAGAAGCUCCAAGGCGCAGCUUUGCUGGUGGAACAUGGGAUUGGGAAUAUUUAGGAUUUGCAUCCCCUGAGGAAUAUGCUGAAUUUCAGUAUCGGAGGAGGCAUAGACAGCGUCGACGUGGAGACAUACACAGUCUACUCAGUAAUACUCCAGACCCCGAAGACCCUAGUGAGAGCACAUUAGAUACUCAGGAGGGUGGUAGCAGUAGAAGACACGGUACCUCCAUGGUGAGUUCAGCUUCUAUGAGUAUUCUGCACAGCUCUUCACUUCAUGACUAUACCCCUGUCAGUCGCUCUGAAAACCAGGAUUCUCUUCAGGCUCUUAGUUCUUUGGAUGAAGAUGACCCAAACAUCCUGCUUGCUAUUCAGUUAUCAUUGCAAGAAUCUGGCUUGGCUAUUGAUGAAGAAACUAGAGACUUCCUUAAUAAUGAGGCAUCAUUAGGAGCAAUAGGUACAUCUUUGCCUACAAGGUUGGACUCAGUUCCUGUAAAUAUAGAUAACCCUAGGGCGGCUUUGAGCAGCUCUGAGUUGUUAGAACUUGGUGAUAGUUUGAUGAGACUAGGGGCAGGCAAUGAUCCAUUUUCAGCUGAUCGCCUUAGUUCACACCCUUUCAGUGAUACAAGAAGUGGAUUAUACUCAGCAUCUAGUGAUGCUGAUUCAAGUAGCCAGGACCCCAAUAUUAAUGAAAAUCUGCUUGGAAAUAUCAUGGCCUGGUUCCAUGACAUGAACCCUCAAAGUAUCGCACUAAUUCCUUCAGCAAGUACAGAAACUGAUGAGGAUUCACAGCAACAUAGUAUCGAUGAUGGGUCAGGAGGACAACCAAAUCUUAUAGAGGUAGGACUGGAGCCUCAGGAAGAGCAUGCACUUUUUGAGGAUGCCCUCAGAAAUGAAGGCAGAGGAACCCAAACAGAAGUGAGUAUUUCUGAAGAAAACAUCAUUCCAGGGGAAAGAGUGCCACAAAGUGGUGACUGUACUGGGGAAGCUAUUAGCAGUGUGGAUACUUCAGAAGAUGUUUCAAGUCAAACUCCUCCGACCUCAAAUGAAUGGAUUGAGCAUGUACAUUUGGUAUGAACACAAACUAGUUUUUGAUCUUAAAUGGAUGGCUGUUACAGAUGGUACAGUAUGUGGAGUAAGCAUUAUGGGGACUUUGAUCCACAUACUUACAGCUCAGUUGUAAACCACUGACAUAAUGAUGGAAUACAUAGGCGUUCCCUUGAAUUGAAGUUCUUUAGACUAAUAAUAUGAACCUUUCAAGGAAUAUCCUUUGCAUUUAAUUAGGUAGUGUUUGCCUUUUUUGCUCUGAAGGAAGAGGAAUAAGUAAGUUGUACUCCACAUUCCUAAUACAUUGCACCAUCUGUUUAGCCUUACGUUGGUAAUCCUUAAUUUGAAAGUAUGGAUUAAAGGCUUACACUGAUUAUUUUUGUUAUUUAGCCUCAAAUAGUUUUUUCCAUUUUUAGAACUCAGUCUUUCAGCAAAAUAAUAACAUUUAGCAGUUCAUUUACAUUUUUUUUUUUGCUUUUCCAUAACUUUUUCCUUAUUUAUCUUUCAUUUUUUUACUAGCAGAAUGAAUUGAGGUAUUUUAUGCUUCUCUUUAGUGCUGCUCCAGGAACAAGAAAAUGGAUAUUCUUUUAAUAUUAAAAUUAAAGGUUUUUUUUCAUGUCUAUUUACAGUCCAAAUGUGCCAAACUGUGAAUAGCUAACUUUAACCCAAUACAACAGGUGUACAGUGUGCCUGUAUCAAAGUAAUCCCAUGAUUCUUAGCAGUGAACCACUGGGUAGCAUUUCUUCUCUAAAUUAAAUGGCAUUUAUUGCCGUGGUGACUGCAUUUAAUUAAAUGUAGCCUGUACCUUAAGUUAAUUAAACCUCAUGCUGCUGUUAAACAGUUGUUUUAAAUAUUAAAAUACAGUUUAUUAGCAACAGCUAUGCUGUAUUUGAGACACUUUAAUGGAAGUGCAAUCAUAGUUCUUUUUCAUAAUUUUACAAUGCAUUUUAUGCACUAAUGGUGCAAUUAAUUUUAAUGGUAACAUUUUAUAAAAUAUAGAAAUAUGAAAUUUUCAUAUUAUUGCUUGUCCCACAAUUAUUAAAGUUCAGUAAUGCAUUCUGUGCAACAUGUUACCGUGCCUUUGCCGUAACCCAAAUGGACAGUUGCCACAGUUAAAUAAGUAAUUCAGAUUCAGUGUCUGUUCUGGAGUAACUAUGCUAUUAAUUGAAAAGACCUCCAUAAAACCACCCAUGGCCUUGCCUUUACAGUAAACAAUGACUAAAUGUUCAGUCAGUGUUUUUGCAUAAAUAACAAACACUGCUAGAUAUUUGUUCAAUUGCACAAUAUUCACUUGCUGUGUGAUUACUGUUUAGUAGAAAAACUAAACAAAAAAGACCCUUUCUGGUUGUUGUACUGUGAAGAAAAUAUUGGUUUUAGAUUUGCUUAAAAGCAUCAAAAUUACAGUUAGUGGUAAAUGAGAUACAGUGGUACAGUAUGUAAUUACAACUAGAGUAAAUUGUUGAAAGUGCUGUUUUACUUGCAUAUAGUCAAAACCUGUCAUAAUAUAAGGAAAAUCAAUACACAACACUCCAUUGUAAGAUUUGCUUGACUGUUAGGAGAUUUGUUGAUAUAAAAGUUUUUCACUGCCAAGCGUGUAUAGGCAAGUAUGAUGGCAAACAAAGAUAGAUAGAUAGAGAGAUUACUGUGAGUGUUUUGGUAACUUUUUCAUUCAAAUCCUACUUCUGGAACCUUGUAGUCAGAAGGUUCAUAUUAGUAAGGAGUUAUAUAUGAAUAUUUUAUCUCCAGGUGCCACACAAAAAUCGUUUUCUCUUUAGCAAUGUCUUUAGAGAGAAUGGUUUGAGGCUGUUGUUAUGCUCUAUAAUUCCAUUACAUUUUCUAACUUUACCUCUAGGGGCCCCAUUCUCAAAAACAUUGAUGUUGAACCCUUUGUCAUCUUUGGAAAAUACCUAUUUUAAAAUGUUCUAUGCUAUAAACUACUAUAAUCUAAAAUAGUUCUUUAAAGACUGUCAUCAUGAAUUGAUCCAAAACUUAAAAAUGUUUGACUCGCAUAGCGUCCUUGAGUUGUAAUUUCUGAAUACAAAGAUUCUCACGAAGAUUGUGUAUUACAUUGAGAUGUGUCUUGCAAAGCUACAGUAAGAUAUGUAAGAGUGCUCUGUGAAGAUAGUGAAGUUUGUGGGUUCUGGUUUUUCUGUACUUUGUUUAGGUUGUGCAGUAUAUCCACUGUUUCUGUGAUACUCUAUUCCAAGCAUGAAAAUAAGCAUAUUAAAUUUGUAUUUUCAUAGUACUUUAUUUUAAAAAUCACCACAGUCAUUCACUUUACAGUUCAGAAAUAAAGUUUGGCAAGCCUAUUUUGUAAACCUAUUAAUUUUAUAAUGUAAAAAAAAUUACUCUAACCUUGAAUUGUUGUUUGCACUUUCAUAGUCUAUACUUGAUACAUUCCCACUUUAUAUACAGUAGGAUACUACAACGAUGUAGAUGUUUGGCCAAAAGAAUGCUGUUAAUAUGUAAAAUUCUUUGAUUAAACAUUUAUUACUUAAACUA